GGACAGAUUCAGUCCGGAUUCUUAUAGCCUGUGUCAGCACAGGUGAACUGAGAACCUAGGGCGUGCAAUCUAGCAUGAGCAAACUGCAGCUGGCAUAGCAAGCUAACAGGAUGUAGCAUAAGUAAGCUAGGCGAAGUAUUCACAUGUGGUCGCGUCUAUAGAAAUGUGUGGUUAGAGCUUAGCAGGAAAUGUACUUUAUGUUUUUAUGCACAUAUGUAACCUAUCUUCCGAUACGUAACCCAUCUUCUGCUUACGCAAACAAGUACAAUAAAAGAGGACGCUAGGAGCAACUCCUGGCUGACUCGCCCCGAGAGCAAUCUGGUGUCAGUCUCCUGAUUACUCAAGAUUUGGACUCCGUGAGUAACCCACCAGUUUGGGGCGAAAAGCCACAACUGGUGACCCCGACGUGAUUCGGUUCAUUCAGGACACGUCGCCUGACGGCCUACUACUCACUCGUCUGGAAUAGACCCCUCGUCUGGAAUAGACCCCUCGUGCACAAUUAGCUGCAAAACCACAAGUCUACUAUCGAUGUCUCCCAGAACCCGACUGGAAAGGACUGGCUGAUUUAAUAACCUGGGGUAGAGGAUAUGCUGCAGUCCAGUUGAAGGAUAAAGUCCUGUGGGUCCCGGGAAGGUGUGUGCGACCAUACCACAUGACCUCCACGCCACCACCUUCGUCCCCCGCUUGAGACAACCGCCGUGUCAGAUGUGCUGGUUUUGCCCUUGCCCUUGCGAUUCCUGCUGCUGUUCCCAUUGUAUUGAUUGUGUUCUGUGUAUUGAUUGUGACCUUAUUUGUGACAUAGUUGUUAUUGAACAAUUACUUGAGGAAUACAUAUAUACCAAUUCCUCUGGCCAACAGGUCACUACCCUAACGGCAACUCCUACUGUAAUUACAGCCCUUAGUCAACCACCUCUUACGUAUUCCUAUCAUUGGUCUUAACAUGGCACCUGUUCCAGGGUUCGUUUUAUCAGUCCUUUUGAUUUAUGCCCAUGGUUUGUGGAUACAUGCCCUCCCAAAACCAAACCCCUGUUCUUCCUGUAUCUCCAUUACCCGCACUGACGCUAGGGAGGGUCGUACCCUCCUUUAUAAGAAUAGAUAUUACUGCAAGGGCGAGGUUACAACAAAUUGUCUAUUUCAAAAUAUUACAUACUCUGCUUGUACAGAAAAUAGUAAGGCUACUUGUUAUGACCCUCAACAGCCAGCGGUUUAUCAUCUAUUGGAAGCACGAAAGGGCAAUACGAAUGGAGAAUUUAUUACAAACACUCGCUUGGUGUCUAAAAAUUCCCCUGCCUCCCUCGUAUUUGAUGCAUGCCGAUUCACUCAAUGGCCUACACAGUGUGGGACCCUAAAUUGGCAGAGAUACUAUAUACACCAAGAUAAAUACAUUUGUCCCCAAAAAUGGCCUCGCCAAUAUAAGGGAAAGAACGAGUGCAACGCUCCGGAUGAACGGUAUUGCCCUUAUUGGAGUUGUAUUGCUUGGGCAACCUGGCAGACUGUCAGCAAACAAUCAUCAGCUGUUUUGAAAAUCGUCUCGGUUAAAUCUGACUGUUCAAAGGGGUCUUGUAAUCUCCUCAAUUUCACGAUCUUCAAUCCGGAACAUUUCAUCUCCCAAUGGGGCCCGCAAUUUGGUAUUCGAAUCUGCGGUUCUGGUAAGGACCCAGGAACUCUCAUCUACCUUCGUCUACUCACCAUGUCAGAAACUGGCCAUGAUCUUCAGCAGUACUUCUUCCGGGACUUCUGGGAAGAAACAAAAACCCCUGUGGACAUCCCGCCUGUUGCUGUCAAUACCUUUCAAACCCUCGUGGAAACUAUAGCAGAGGUUUUAAAUGUUACCAAUUGUUACAUAUGUGGCGGCACCAAUAUGGGAGAACAAUGGCCAUGGUUGCCGUCUGAAUGGAAUAUGUCUAUCCCUUUUAAUCUUACUGCCUUUAAUGUUACUUCCCCUCUCAAACCCCCAUACAGCAGAUGGCCUUUGAAAAGUGCCCUAGUUGCUGAAUGGUGUUUGCAAAGAGAAAAUAAUUCCUCUCCCUCCCUGGGCCACACGGUGUGUCAGUCGACUCUACGACUGAAUGCCACAGGCUCUCAGGUCUGGCCCGCUAACGCUAUGCCUCCUAACGCCUCCCAUUGGAUUCCCCUGUGGAACCAAUCGCUAAACUAUGGUUUUCCAGAUCCCCGAAUAGCCCCUGCAGGCCUAUACUGGAUCUGUGGAAAAACAGCUUAUUCCGUUCUGGACCCUUAUUGGAGCGGGUCUUGUACAUUGGGUACUAUAAGACCCUCCUUCUUUAUGCUCCCUCUUGAUAGUGGCCAGUUCCUUGCCCAUACCGUGUACAAUAGAAAGAAACGAUCCUUAUACGAGAUCGGGUAUGAUGUCUCACAAAUCAAAAUUGGAAACUGGAAAGAUGAUGAAUGGCCCCCUGAGCGUAUCAUCCACUAUUAUGACCCCGCCUCAUGGGCUGCGGAUGGAACAUAUGGCUACCGUACCCCCAUUUAUAUGCUAAAUAGAAUUAUCAGGCUACAAGCGGUGUUAGAACUUAUCACUAACGAAACUGCUAGGGCCUUCCGCCAGAUUGGAAAAACACAAAGGCAACUAAGAAAUGCCGUCUUCCAGAAUCGUCUAGCAUUAGACUAUCUCCUUUUAGCUGAAGGAGGGGUAUGUGGGAAAUUCAAUCUCUCAAAUUGUUGUCUAGAGAUCGAUGACAGUCACAAAGUGUUGACUGAGGUAGCAGACAAAAUUACCAAAUUAGCCCAUGUCCCUGUUCAAACUUGGACUGGCAUCCUGGAUACUGGGGGGUUUCUGGGUGGCCUUUUUCGCAAUUGGAAACAAGCCGCACUAAUGCUAGGAGUCAUCUUGCUGGGAUUACUUAUGCUACCCUGCCUAAUACCCUUGCUCAGGUCCCUGAUACAGAGUAUAGUGGAUAGCACUAUCUCAAAAAACAAUGCGUUGCUACUGGAACACAAGGAGCAAAGAACAUCCCUACUGGGGUGUGACAGUGCCGAACCCCCGGACGAGGGCGACGCUGUCUCUCUUGCUGCCUCUGUAAGCACGGAAAAACACAUCUGUAUGGCCUUUCCUUCGGACGAAGAAGAGGAAGAGUCAUCCGUGCCUUAAAAAAUAAAAACAGAGGAGAUGUUGGGACAGAUUCAGUCCGGAUUCUUAUAGCCUGUGUCAGCACAGGUGAACUGAGAACCUAGGGCGUGCAAUCUAGCAUGAGCAAACUGCAGCUGGCAUAGCAAGCUAACAGGAUGUAGCAUAAGUAAGCUAGGCGAAGUAUUCACAUGUGGUCGCGUCUAUAGAAAUGUGUGGUUAGAGCUUAGCAGGAAAUGUACUUUAUGUUUUUAUGCACAUAUGUAACCUAUCUUCCGAUACGUAACCCAUCUUCUGCUUACGCAAACAAGUACAAUAAAAGAGGACGCUAGGAGCAACUCCUGGCUGACUCGCCCCGAGAGCAA